CCGGCCUGAGGACGGGACCUGUGACGGGGGAGGCGCCGCAGCCCAGGGAGGCCGGUGUAGACAGAGCCAGGCCGCGGGAUCGCGGGUCUGCCUGGCCGGGUGGCUGCGCUGCGCUAGGGGGGCUGGCGGCACAUAGGCGGUACACGGGGACGCGUUUCCCGUCUCGCUGGCUCUGUCCGGGCAGGCGGCGUUGAGCGCGCGUUUCGCCCCCACUCCGCUCUGUUCCCGCCCGCGGGCAGCAGCGUUUGAAUGGAAGGAACAAUGGACGUGGAGGGGAGCCGCGCUCCGGGGAGGGGGCCCUUUUGAAGUGUGUUGAAAUUCAGUGGCUUGGGGGAGGUACGGGGCCAGAAACACAACCCGAGUAUUCUCCUGAGAUGCACAGACGGACAGAGACGCAGCUGUAAGGUUUGUCGAGCUCACAUUGUGGCUGCUGUCUACCUACAAAAUAUACACUAUUGUUUCGAUAAACGUUUGGAUACUUACUAGAUCAGGAUGCCUUUCAAAAGUGGAUUAGAAUUAACUGAGUUGCAGAAUAUGACUGUCCCUGAGGAUGAUAACAUCAGCAAUGAUUCAAAUGAUUUCACAGAGGUAGAAAAUGGCCAGAUAAAUAGCAAGUUUAUUUCUGAUCGGGAGAGCCGAAGAAGUCUCACCAACAGUCACUUGGAAAAAAAGAAAUGUGAUGAAUAUAUUCCAGGAACAACCUCAUUGCGAAUGUCUGUCUUUAAUCUCAGCAACGCCAUUAUGGGUAGUGGAAUUUUAGGCCUUGCCUUUGCAUUAGCCAACACAGGAAUCCUCCUUUUUGUGUUUCUACUGAUUUCAGUGACAUUGCUGUCUAUUUAUUCAAUAAAUCUCCUGUUGGUAUGUGCAAAGGCAACAGGCUGCAUGGUGUAUGAAAAGCUGGGAGAGCAGGUCUUUGGCACCCCAGGAAAAAUGAUUGUUUUUGGAUCCACUUCUCUCCAGAAUACUGGAGCAAUGCUGAGCUAUCUCUUCAUAGUAAAAAAUGAACUGCCCUCUGCCAUAAAGUUUCUUAUGGGAAAAGAAGAAGCAUUUUCGGCAUGGUACGUGGAUGGUCGAAUUCUUGUUGUAGCUGUGACAUUUGUUAUAAUCCUUCCCUUGUGCCUCCUUAAAAACUUAGGGUAUCUUGGAUAUACUAGUGGAUUUUCCCUUGGUUGCAUGUUUUUUUUUUUAAUGGUGGUUAUCUAUAAGAAAUUUAAAAUUAUCUGCCCUGGACUGGAGCCAAAUGCAACAUCUCCUAUUAUAUCAAAUCUUAAUUCAACACAUGAAGAUAUAUGUAAACCACAGUAUGUUACCUUUAAUUCCAAGACUGUUUAUGCAUUGCCCACCCUUGCAUUUGCCUUUGUGUGCCACCCAUCGGUCCUUCCAAUUUACAGCGAACUUAAAGAUCGCUCACAGAAGAGAAUGCAAAUGGUUUCCAACAUCUCAUUUUUUGCCAUGUUUGUUAUGUACUUCAUGACUGCCAUUUUUGGCUAUUUAACUUUCUAUGGCAAUGUGCAUUCAGAUCUGCUUCAUAACUACCAGAGUAGAGAUGACAUCCUCAUCCUGGCAGUGCGGGUGGCUGUCAUUUUUGCAGUCAUACUCACAGUGCCAGUGCUGUUUUUCACUGUGCGUUCUUCUUUGUUUGAGCUGGCUAAAACAACAAAGUUUCACUUAUGCCGUCAUGUUGUAGUUACUCUUGUCCUCCUGGUUAUCAUCAACCUGUUAGUAAUUUUUAUCCCCUCAAUGAAGGAUAUUUUUGGAGUUGUAGGAGUAACUUCUGCCAAUAUGUUGAUUUUCAUUCUUCCUUCAUCGCUGUAUUUAAAAAUCACACAUCAGGAUACAGAAAAAUUUACUCAGAGGAUUGGGGCUUCUCUUUUCAUGGCAUUGGGAAUAUUGUUUUCCCUAGUGAGCAUUCCUUUGGUCAUCUAUGACUGGGUAUACUCGGGAGAUAGAGCUGAAGGCCACUGAAGUCAACAUCAUGCUGAAAUGGAUACACCCCUGUUUGUUACUCACCAAAGUCACCACCAUUCCGUUUGGUUAUCUAUCCCAUCCACUAUGCGUUUUCUUCAAAUCAGAUCCAAAUAAUGAAAUACUGAUAUAGAUGUAUUUUCUUGAAGAAAAUUAGUUUCUCCAGUUCUAGUGAGUUAUGACCUCAAUGUUAAGGUUAUGUUGAUUGUCUGCAAAGUUUUAUCUGGUUUUGCUACUUGGUUCCAACUAUAAUUAUUUUUUUACUCUUCUGGCCAUGAAUUGGAUUAUUCUUGUAGUAAUAUUAAAACAUCCAAACCAUAACAUUGA